AUGGAACCACCAAAGGCAACUCCCGGUCGGUUGCGGUGUUCUCUGGCAGAACUUCGUCUCCUUAGCCAUUCGACCACGGCUUCGUUCAACAGAGGUAUUCCUGACCUUGAAGGCGUACUCACCUCACGAGUUAUCACCUUUCGAAUCGGUCCAGACCAAAAGCCAUUCCAGAUCCACGAGAAGCUCGUAGCUUCCCGAUCAGUAAUCUUCGACCGCAUGCUAGCCAAUACUAUGCGCGAGUCCCUCGAGGGCGUUGUCGAUAUUGAAGACGUUGAGCCAGAGGUAUUCACGAGCUUUAUCAACUUUGCGUUCUACGGAAACUACGACGUGCCGACGUCGCACAAACUUCAAAAGGCUAAAGAUCAAGAGCCCGAUAACGCCAAAUUGAUUCCAGGGGAGGACUACGACUCCCUUUUCGAACACGUCCUAAAAUAUGACUUCAGACUAUCCAGCAAGCAACCAUAUCUGAGAUACCUAACGCUUUUCGUCAACCAAGGAACCCCCGGAAAGCUGUACGGCAUGCCGCCCGGGUUGCCGUGGAACAAGGACGAAGAACUCGAGGCGAAUUUUGACCUUAUGGUCGCGAAUCGCCUGUUUGGGGAAAUUUGCAUGCAUCACGUUCAACUCUACAUAUUCGCCGACAGAUACGACAUUGCGCAGCUGAGGCAGGUAAGCCUACACCGUCUCCACAGCUCUUUGACGCGCGCAAGACUCAGCGACGCUGGGUACCGGCUUCUCUUCGGCGUUAUCGAGUUCGCGUUUGCCAAUACGAUGCCGGGAGACAAGAUCCGAAAGCUGCUGGUUCAGACGUGCGUUGCCGAUUUUAGCAUGGUGCGCGCGAUGCCUAGCUUCAACGAUCUGCUGCAUCGUGUGCCUGAGCUGGGGUUUGAAGUCAUGACUGAGCUCCCAAGGUAUUGGGAGGAAAGGGAGAAGGCGAUCAACGAUGUCAAUGCAAAGUUUGCAUCGGCACAACCGGACGCGACGACGAGCAAAGAAAAGUCCUGA